AUGCCGCCCUCACCACUGUCAUCUCCACCCGCUGCCAAGCGACAACGUACGGAAGCAACGAACGGGUCUACUCCCGCUGAGGUAUCGAAUGGAACAGGCCCCCAGACCAACGGCGGUGACCCAAUAGCAGCGAAUGGGAGCGCCUCUUCCGCACCGGUCGUGUCGUCUGCGCCGGUCAUGGUUCGCGACACCGUGGAAAGCGAUGAAGAGCCAGAAGAGGUGGUCGCGCGGGAAGAGGAGGACCUGGGGCACAGAGAUAUGUACCUCGACACGGUGAACAGGGUGAACCUCGACUUUGACUUUGAACGGCUCUGUUCCAAGAGCUUGAGCAAUAUCAACGUGUACGCGUGUCUUGUCUGCGGAAAGUACUUUCAAGGACGAGGUCGAGGGAGCUGGGCGUAUCGACAUGCAGUGGGAGACAACCAUCGAGUGUGGUUGAACUUGGCGACCGAGAAGUUCUACGUCUUGCCUGAAGGAUAUCAAGUCACCGACCCCUCCUUGAACGACAUCAUAUCCGUCCUCAACCCCCGCUUCAAACCCUCCGCUCUCCCUGCGCUCACCCACCUCCCCGCCAAGCCCGCCUAUACACUCUCCAGUACCCCCUUCGUCCCCGGCUACAUUGGCAUCAACAACGUCAAGAAGAAUGACUACCUCACCGUCAUUCUCCAUCUGCUGCUCCACAUCCCGCCCGUCCGUUCGUUCCUCCUCGAUCCGACCACGCCGGAGUUGCAGCCCACGACAAAACCGACGGAGCUCAUUACGCGUCUCGCGACCCUGACGAGGCGAUUAUGGAACCCCAAACUCUUCAAGGCGCAGAUCAGCCCGCACGAGUUUUUGCAGGAGGUGAACAAGAGGUCGAAUGGGAAGUUCAAGAUGACAGAGCAAGGGGAUCCGGUGGAGUUUCUGGGAUGGCUGGUGAAUACCUUGCAUCGGGAUCUGGGGGGAACCAAGAAGAGGGGAAGUAGUGUGAUUUACAGGGCGUUGCAAGGGAUGGUGAGGAUAGAGAAUCAGCAGGUGAUUAUACACAAGGAGUAUGCUCGGCCGAUGUUUGAUAUUUCGAGAGAUAUCCAAGCAAUAUCCUCGCCGUUCCUCUUCCUCGCUCUCGACCUCCCCGCCACUCCACUCUUCCAGGACCAGAACGAAAAGAAGAUCAUCCCUCAAGUCCCGCUCUCAGCUAUCCUCGCCAAGUUUGACGGCAAGACAACCCAGGAGUUCGGACCCACCUUGAAGAGGCAUCACCUGACUGCUCUACCGCCAUACCUCAUCCUCCAUAUCAAGCGGUUCACCAAGAACAACUUUGUGGAGGAACGGAAUCCAACUAUCGUCAACUUUCCCCUGCGCGGUGUGGACCUGAAUGACUAUGUCGAUCCGAAACCCUCAUCACCCAUCUCAACAAUCUACGACCUCGUUUCCAAUAUCUCCCUGGAUACCACCGCCGCGUCCACCUCAUCCUCCGGCACUGGCCCCGGGGUGACUGCCAAGUCGAUGAAGAAGGCGCAAGAGGAUGAGCAGGGGAUGACGUGGAAGAUCCAUUGUCGGGCUGGACGGGGUGGUGGGGAUGAAGAAAAGUGGUUUGAGAUGCAGGAUUUGAGGGUGGAGGAGGUUAGGAAGGAGAUGGUCUUCUUGGGGGAGACGGUGGUGCAGGUUUGGGAAAGGAGGGAUGUGGGGCAAUAG